UCCAACGGUUUCUUCGUACAGCUAAGUAGUAGUCUCAUCCUCAUAGACCAUCAACGCAAAAUGAAACUCUUCAUUGCCACCACUCUUGCCUUGGUCGCCUUCGCGUCGGCUGAUGUCAGCCAUUUGUCGAGGACGUACUUGCCACCCUCCUCCAGCUAUGGUGCUCCAUCCUACUCAUCGGGUGGUUCACACUCUUCUGGUGGUUCCCUUGGUGGUUCCUACUCAUCCGGUGGUUCCCUUGGCGGUUCCUACUCAUCCGGUGGUUCCCUUGGUGGUUCCUACUCGUCCGGUGGUUCUCUAGGCGGUUCCUACUCAUCGGGUGGUUCCCUUGGCGGUUCAUACUCCUCAGGUGGCGCUGCUGGUGGCUCAUACUCUUCAGGUGGUGGCGGUUCCUCUUACUCUGCCCCAUCCAACGAAUACUUGCCACCCGCUCCAGUUUACUCUGCCCCAGCACCAGCACCAGUCUACUCGGCUCCUGCACCUGCUCCAGUGUACUCUGCUCCCGCACCAGCUCCAGUUUACUCUGCUCCAGCACCAGCACCAGUCUACUCUGCUCCCGCUCCAGCACCAGUGUACUCUGCUCCCGCACCAGCUCCAGUUUACUCGGCUCCAUCAUAUUCUUCGGGCGGUAGCGGUGGUGGUUCUUACUCUCACGGCGGCUCGUACUCUAGCGGUGGCUCUUACUCUAGCGGUGGCUCAUACUCUAGCGGCGGUUCUUCGGGAUACUCUGGUCCAUCGAACACCUAUUUGGCUCCAGCGGCGCCCAGCUACUCAUCGGGUGGUUCCUCAUACCCCUCAGGUGGUUCAUCCUACUCGUCAGGCGGCUCAUCAUACUCUGGUGGUGAUGUUGGUACCCAGUAUGCUUCUAACGGUGGUUACGUCUACAGAAAGAAGUAAAUCGUGCGGAACUACGCAUGUUAGUCAAGCUGUGUUUGUACUUUAGAGCACCUUAGCAUUAAUUGUUUUAUACUUUUGAAUUGCUCAAGGUGCACCAUACAAACAAGUCACAAACCACCAUCUCAUUCUUCCUAAACAACAUGUUGUAAAUAAUUCUCUUUUUUUAUUAAAUACAUUUUUGUUUUAAAAAAAUUAA